CCACCUUUCGGCUUUGGAAGCUUCCCGCUUCCCCUCCUCUCUCUCUCACCAUGGCUUCCAACUUCAACGACAUAGUCAAGCAGGGAUACGUGAGGAUACGGAGUAAGAAACUGGGGAUCUUCCGGAGGUGUUGGCUGGUGUUCAAGAAGGCCUCCAGUAAAGGGCCCAGACGGUUAGAGAAGUACCCAGAUGAGAAGGCAGCCUACUUCAGGAGCUUCCACAAGAUCACUGAGCUCCAUAACAUCAAGAACAUUACCCGGAUGCCACGGGAGACAAAAAAGCAUGCUGUCGCGAUCAUCUUCUGUGACGACACGUCAAAGACAUUCGCCUGCGAAUCAGAGCUGGAUGCAGAGGAAUGGUGUAAGCUGCUGUGCGUGGAGUGCCUGGGCAGCCGUCUCAACGACAUCAGCCUGGGAGAGCCAGACCUGUUAGCAGCAGGGGUGCAGCGGGAGCAGAACGAGCGCUUCAACGUGUACCUGAUGCCCACCCCCAACCUGGACAUCUACGGGGAGUGCACCAUGCAGAUCACCCAUGAAAACAUCUACCUGUGGGACAUUCACAACGCUCGCCUCAAACUCGUCAUGUGGCCUCUGAGCUCGCUGCGCAGAUACGGUCGUGACUCCACCUGGUUCACUUUCGAGUCCGGAAGGAUGUGUGACACAGGAGAGGGUUUGUUCACGUUCCAGACGCGGGAGGGGGAGAUGAUCUACCAGCGGGUCCACUCGGCCACGCUGGCCAUCGCCCAGCAGCACGAGAGGAUGAUGGAGGAGAUGGAGAAGAGCUCGCAGAUCCACUCCAGAGAGACGUUAACCAAGUCCAUCUCCCUGCCGCGCAGUGCCUACUGGCAGCACAUCACGCGUCAGACCAGCGUGGGGGAUCUCUACAGUUACCAAGGAAACGGCCUGACGAUGACGUUCAUCCCUCGAGCACAGACGUUCCCCAGCUUUCUGUCUGAUGAGCCCGACCAGGAAGAGAGCCAGCACCAGGAAGAGGCACCAUCGCCCUCUAGUGGCUGUGAAUCGAGUUGCAGCCUCAGACCCCUCCAAUGACAGAGAGCUGCUCGACCAACACUGGACACUUUACCCACUACUGUAGAGACGAUGUAGAAAUAUGUAUAGUGACAUGUGUAAUAUAUCAUUUCCUGGGGAUACUUACAAACAAUAGUGUCAACUGUAGAGCGAGUGGUACAUGACAAGGAUCCUGAGGAGGAUUGUGUCCUUUCUUGUAUUGUUGUGUGACAGCAGAAGUAGCUUCAAAGAUUGCACCAAAAAUCCUUUAAGCGUAGUUUUAAAGCAUUUUAUGUUAUAAUUUUCCUGCUAAAGCCAGCAUGAUGCCCACAUCUUCUCUUUUUUUUUUCCUUUUCAAAUCACUGCACUACAAUUUACAAAGAGUCAACACGCUGAGGUUCACUGUAAAACAAUGUCAAAAAAAGGCUUUCCUUCUGAAAUUGAUGAAACCACAUCAGGCUCGUUCCCGCAACGUGCAGCAUCAGCAACCAAUUCGAGAGAAACUCCACCGGUUUUGACACAUUAUAGUACUCCCACACUUACUGCACUCAGCUUUCUCUUAAGAAUGUGAAACUGAUCAAUGCCUUACACAAAAACAGCUUGAUGCUGUAGGCAGUGAUGAAUCAGCUUAAAGCCCUUAACCGGUUACAACCAGCAAAAAGGAAAAAGUCAUUCAGAAAUGGGCCUCGAGGAUGUAGGAGUGGACUGUCACGUCAGAAAUGAUAAAAAGCCACCUUCUCACAGCCUCUGCUUUAAACUGCCAACCUUACCUUUCACUGGAGCAAUUUGACUUUAAUAGCUUCCUCGCUCCUCUUCAGCCUCAAACUGUAUAUCUGAUAACUGGUUCAUUAGCUAAAGGUGGAAAGAGAGAGACCUAAUGGGCUGAGUUAUGUAAAGCAGAGCUACAUUUGGCAUUAAUGGCUCUAAGAGGUGCACUGUGGCAAUAAAACAUCAUAGUAAUGUUAUUUUUCUGCCGGUUUAUCAAAGUUCAUACAAAAUUUAACAUUAUACGAAUCUUAGAAUCAAGGAAAUAUGUGCUCAGUUAAAUGUACAAAAUCAGCCAAAAAUCAUUAGAGCAGUAGUUAUUGGCUAUCUUGCUGAGACUUAAAUUGGAGGGUUGAUACCGUGUCUCUGUAGUGAAGAGCUAGCCUAGCCCCUUGUGAAGGCAGCAAAAUCUAUAAACCAGCACCUGUAAAAUCACAACCUGCUAUUUUUACAGAUACGUUUUUGUACAGAUUAAAGAAAUAGGAUGUAACAUGUUAAUUAGUGAUCUUUAGAGGUACUGGUUUGUGGAAUUUGUUACCCACAGAGCCAGGCUAGCUGUUUGCUAUUGUUUCCGGUGUUUGUGCUAAGCUACCUAAGAGAAGUUGUUGGCAGGAGAGUCAUAGUGACUGUGCAGAUCAUAGAUUGUAUGUAAAAGAUGGAUGUAGUGACCGUGAUAUUACCCAUUGGGUUUUUUUGGGGGGUGGAUCUGACCGAGAAUAUGGGGAUAUUAGUGAUACUUGGCUUUAUCACCCAUUUUGCUCUCAGUGGUGCCACAAUAUACAAAAUGAACACCAUUGCUGUAUUCAAAGAGUCUUGAAACAAGUCAUUGAGAUCAUUGACUCAUUCAUAAAAUGUUUACUGAAAUGACAGUUCAGGGAAGAAGUAGAGUCAUUUUCUCAUAGACUUUUAUACAAUCAGACUUGUUUUCACAACCAGUAGAGUCGCCCUCUGCUGGUCAUUGGAAGGAAUGCAGCUGUUGACACUUCUAUAUCAUCUUUUAUUAACAAUCUAUGAUGGUAAUGCGGUACUGAUCUUCUCAAAAACAAACAAAAGAAUGUAAUACUAAAAACAAAAUACCAAAUUAUAAGGAAACAUUACAUAAAACAUACAAUUUCUGACCCACUGGCCUGACAAAUCAACUUAAACUUCUUAUUUUUAAAAGAAAGUCAGAUGCUUUAUACAGUCCUGCUUUCCAUCCACGAGAAACAGUAUAAACAUUAGUCGUCACAAAAGCUGAAAACCUAUAACAUAAUCCCAUUCCUUUGUGUAGCAUGACUGAAAUGUGUCAGUGAGAAUGUGACCGCUGUGAUGAGAAUGUUCUCUGCAUUGUCCUCUUAGAGUAAGAAGUGCCUUCCGACACAGACCGCCGAGUGUGAGAUAUAACCAAAGCAGCGACUUUGGGCUUUGAGUUUACCACUGUUGAGAGAAUAGUUAAUGCUGUACCUUCAAAACAACUUCAGAAAGUCUUACGUUUUCUUACAGUAUUGUAGAUUCAGCUGUUAAAAGCCAUGUCACAGCUGAAAAAGAGUAAAAUGCUUGUUGCCCUUUAGUGGCGGUCACCAGACACAAAUUCAUCUCUUGUGGUAAAACCAGCUGUUCUUUUUGAUUCACCAGUUUUCCAUCAUAUUUUAUUUUUCAAAACCCAGCCAUUACAGCAACAAUAGUGUAAUCAAAAGGGGUUCCAGUGACAAUCAGUUUUAGGCAGCAAAGCAGUCUUUCAGUGUCAAAUGUAAUCACUCAUUUCAGUGUUUUUUUUUUCCUGUUCCUGAUGUCGUUUUGUUUCAGGUUUAUGUCUGGAAAUGCGGUAGAUAUUAGAUUUAGAAAGAACUGGAAAAGAACAAGGACUUAUUUUGUGUUAAAAUUAAGUUUUGCAGUAGUCACUUUAUUUUGUUAUUUAAAAAAAAAAAAAACAUCCUUGAUAUUCGUUCGAGCCUCAAAGUGCCCAUCCACACAGCGGUUGUUAGUCUGCAUCAGAGCCCGUUGAGACGUCGACAUGUGGCCAUAUUUACGCCCUAGUUGUGUUGAGUCUUAGCUCAAGUGUGGUUAAUAAAUGUACGUGUAAUUGUUUCACUACAUUGGCAGCCGUACUUACAGAGAUGACUGGAGAAAAUACUAGUUGAUUGUUUAAUUAUUAUUCAUUGUUUUGGUUGUUCAUUGUAGCCAUUUGUCCGUUCGUAGAACUGUCAUGUAUAUUUGUUAUUAUUCCGAAAUGAUUGUGUCCGACAUGUUUUGUGUUCUGUUAGAUUAUAUGUUUAUAGCACUUUGAACACACGAGUGUAGGACUACAGUUUUCACUAAAUGUACAUAUGUAAUGUUUUUGAUGAUUUAAGAGAGGUAAUAAAUUGAAUGUUCUAUCAUG